GUUUGAUUUGCCGUCGAUUCACUUCCGGUUUCUAAGAAAAUUGAGAGACCCCACCACAUUGCUGUUCAUAGCUGUUCCUUUGUUAACGCUGACUGAGACAUGUAUGUGGUGAGUUUUCAUGAAAGCUGGGGACCAAGUCAACUCAGGUUAUGAUGAGGGAGACCUGUCACACAUAAGGCACGGUGUGACCUUCAUGUGGCGCAAAGUGGCGUCGUUCUUCAGUGCAUUUAGAGGAAAGACACUUUCGGAACAAAUGAAGACCAAGAAUUUCUACGUUCUUGUCCUGUUUCUACUGGCUACGCUCACAUCACUAUGGAUCCUCAUUGACCCCUCCCCAAACCUUCACACCAUCGUCUCAGAGACACAUCGUCAGAUAUCCAACAUUCACAUCCCCACAAAGAUCCGUCAAGACAAGAACGAGAUGCUUGACGUCAACCAGAAGUAUCUCGAUGCUCUGGGAAUGGUGUUCUCAAAAUCCGACCCUGCCAGGCUCAUUGUGAACGUUUCUAAGGAGGUGGUCCUGAAAACUGAGCCAGUCAUAGUGGUGCCAGUGUUGCCUGGAGCUUACGAUGAGGCGAGAACAUUCCUGGCAUCCGUAAAAAAGUUUCUACCGGGGAAAUUGGUCGUGUUUUGGGAUCUAGGAUUGAGCGGAAAAGAAAAUAAUAUGCUGCGGAAGGUUUGCAAUGGCACAGUGUUCAACUGCAAUGUGAAGAUGUUUGCCUAUAACAAGUAUCCCUCCCACGUACAGUCACACAACCUGGGUAGUUAUGUGCCUCUGUGUAUACAAGAGAGUUUGAGCCUCUUCAAUGUAAUUAUUUGGUCCAACCCCAAGGAGUAUUUCAUCACGAAGGAUAUAUCUGGCGUUGUAGCGAAAGCACGCGAGACUGGGAUUGCUGCGUGGACUAUUAAAGAUGCCACCUCCAGCAUCACCUACUUCAAAAUGUUCACUUACUUCGACGUCACACCUGAGCAGUACUAUUUUCAUAGAGCAAUAAAGACAUCACAUUUAGUGGUGUUUAAUACAGAGUUUAUAAAAAAAGAUGUCAUGCUACCUUGGGUUAAGUGUGCCCUUGUUGAAGAGUGCAUAAGUCCCACUGGUUCUCAAAAUUCUGGUGGAUAUUGUAUUGAAAGAAAGCCUCGAUAUUUGUAUUCAGGAUGUCACAAUUACGAACAGUCUGCACUGAAUCUAAUUCUCGGCAAAUCUUUUAAAUUUGACGAGAGCCCCUAUGUGGUAACUGAUAAAAUAUUUGGUGAAGAGAAGAUGAACAAAACGGUCACUUCAGAAAUUCAGACACCAAUAUCAAGUGAAGAACUUGACACAAGCUAACAAUUUGUAAUUUAUACUUUAUUCAUACAUAUAUAUAUGUUUAUUUAUUUCAUGGCGAAAAAUGUAUCUUAAAAUGUUCAAUUGUGAUUUAUGGUACACAAAAUAUUUAAAUAACAUACUUUGGUUACAAAGCGGCUGACAAGGUUUUCAAGCCAGAAUUAUUGUUGACACAUAAAAUAAAUGUUAGAAACUUUGAAGUAAAGUCCUUUGAACGCAAAAAUGGUACCUUUACAAUUUUUGUAAAAUGAUAAGUGUCAAAUUUUUGUAAAAUGGUAGCUAUCUUUUUAGCUCAUCUGUCUUCAACUGUGCAUUGUCAACAUUGACCCAGUGAAUACUGCAUGAGUCACAUGUAUUGCUCAAUCUUCAUGGAACAUAAAAGUCAUGUUCUGAGAAAACUGGGCAUAAUGCAUGUGCGUAAAGUGUAGACCCAGAUUAGCCUGUGCAGUCUGCAAGGCUAAUCAGGGAGGACACUUUCCGCCUAAAUUGGUUUUUUUCUAAGAAGAGACUUCAUUUAAAUGAAAAAAUGUCAUAAAAGCGGUAAGUGUCGUUCCUGAUUAGCCUGUGCGGACUGCACAGGCUAAUCUGGGACAACACUUUACGCUCAUGCAUUAAGCCCAGUUUUCUCAGAACGCGACUCAUAUUUAAACUGAGUCAUGUGGGCUUAAAGCUUAUCUUAUAUGUGGCUAACAUGAAACCUUGUGAAUACUUUUGAAGUCAUAAUUAUAGAAAAAUCAUGAUAAAAGUCUCCAAAGAAUAUUUGGUUUUAGUGAUUUCUGAGUUUUUGAAAAUGGUUCUUCUCCCUUACGCAAUAUUACCUCCAUGGGGUCCUACAAUUUUAAUUGUACACCAAUAAAGUGGAACCUGGUGAUCACUCUAGAAGUAAUACAUUUUCCCCAAUCUACAUGAAACUUGCUAAGAACAUUGUUUUUAUAAAAUAUCGGUCAAGUUUUGAAAUGGUUCCAGUCUUUUGCUAAAGUGGUUGCCAUGGUGCUGGGCGGUUUUUCUUAUACAGCUGUAAUGAAACCUUGUGGCCAAUCUAAAUUUGUUUGCCCAAUCUUCAUAAAAUUUGCUAAGAUCAUUGGUUCUUAUGAUUAUUUAGCAGCAUUUUGAAAAUGGCUUCACGCAUUUUUAAAUCUUAGAUGCAAGGAGGCGAGGCACUUUUCAUUAUAUGGCUUGAUUAAAAACUUAUGAACAAUCUAGAAAUUACUUUUUUUUCAAACAAGAUUUAACAAUUUCUUGGAACAUUUGUUCUUAUAAUGAUGAUGGUGUAGAAAUGUCUGGUCUGUUGAAAUACAUGCAUGCUCAUCUUAGAGGGGGGGGGGGGUGGCAGUUUUCCAUGUCUGGCUAAAGUAAAAAACUUUCCGCUUAGAACAGUUACAUGUGAGUCCCUUGGUGUCUCAAGCUUACCCAUUUUCAGUUAUACCGGCAUGUAUUGAAACUGUUGUGAAUUCCUGUUUAUAGAUUGAAUAUGUUAUUCAAACGUUACAACUGUUUUAGUCUGUGGUAAUUUAAACUUGCGUAGGAGUAUAUUGUUUUAAAAUGUACAACAAUUGUUUAAUCAAAUUUAGGUCUUGAAUGUUGCAAGUUUUUACUUGAAAAUGCAUGACUAUUCAAUUGUUUUAAGAUAAUCCUGAGAUUGCCACAUAUGUCCAAGCAUUUUAAGAAAUGAUGCUAUUUCAUGUUUUGAUUGUUAUUUAAAUACAUAUUGUGCAUUUUUGUAGCUCAUUUGCUUUUAAAAUAGUAAACAAAAAUAUUUUUUGUAUUGCUAUACAUGUUAUUAGCAGUUAUAAUUUCCUUUAAGGAUACAUGUACAUGUUUCAUCAAAUCCUUUUAGUUUUUUAAUGACUGGUAAACACUUUUCCAUGGUUAGAACUUAUGGUUAUAGUAAUCGAGCAUUGACUAUUUAGGUGUAUUAUCUGUUUGUUAUAUUAUCUGUCGUGAUACGUUUAAUAGUGUGUUAUAUAUAAAGAUUAUUUUUGUUAUUAUUGCACUGUAUGUAAUGAUUUGCUUCAGCAGGCUAAUUUAUACAUUGUCUGAAGCAUUUUUUAAUUAUAAUGAGUAUUCAUGAUGAGCAAUACCUUAGCCACUGUUGAUUUAACUUGAAAAAUUGUUUGAAUGUAUGUUUGCUCUUAAUCUCUCUAGUUGUGAGGGUUAAGGUGUCUUCCAUCAUAGUCUGGUGGUAUAAACAAAGUGUGAUUCAGUAUACUUAUUCUCAAGCAUGUUGAGUAUAAAGCUAGGGAUUCAGCAUAGUCUUUAUUUAAAUCAUUUUAUGUUAAUAUCAAGUUAUAUCUAUGCUAUUCUAUAAAAUAAUCUAAAUUCAAUAAAAACUAGUUGGGAGAGACUGUAAUUUCUACAAAUUGUCUAACGACAAAGUGACAAAAAAGGACAUAAACAUGGAAAUGGGGAAGGCAUGCCAUUUUGCAUAAGCGAAAAUCAAACAUUGUUUUAUGUUUUUAUGCCCCCGGUAGGGUUGCUUAUAGCAGUUGAACUGUCCGUCAGUCAGUAUGUCAGUAUGUGUGUAUGUCAGUCUGUCCGUCUGUCCGUCCGUCCGAAAAAAACUUUAACAUUGGCCAUAACUUUUUCACUAUUGAAGAUAGCAACUUGAUAUUUGGCAUGCAUGUGUAUCUCAUGGAGCUGAACAUUUUGAGUGAUGAAAGGUGAAGGUCAAGGUCAUCCUUCAAGGUCAAAUGUCAAUUAUAUGGCAUCUGUCUGUAUGAAAACUUUAUCAUUGGCCAUUACUUUUUCAAUAUUGAAGAUAGCAACUUGAUAUUUGGCAUGCAUGUGUAUCUCAUGAAGCUGCACAUUUUGAGUGGUGAAAGUUUAAGGUCAAGGUCAUCCUUCAAGGUCAAAGGUUAAAAAAAAUAAUAAUCAAAAUGGCGUUCUCAUGAAGCUGCACAUUUUGAGUUGUGGAAGGUCAAGGUCAUCCUUCAAGGUCAAAGGUUAAAAAAAAUAAUAAUCAAAAUGGCGUUCUCAUGAAGCUGCACAUUUUGAGUUGUGGAAGGUCAAGGUCAUCCUUCAAGGUCAAGGUUAUCCUUCAAGGUCAAAGGUAAAAAAAAUUCAAAGCAGCGUUCUCAUGAAGCUGCACAUUUUAGUGGUGGAAGUUCAAGGUCAUCCUUCAAGGUCAAGGUCAUCCUUUAAAGUCAAAGGUUUAAAAAAUAAUAAUUUCAAAGCGGCUUUAUCAUGAAGCUGCACAUUUUGAGUGCUGGAAGUUCUAGGUCAAGGUCAUCCUUCAAGGUCAAGGUCAUCCUUCAAGGUCAAAGGUAAAAAAAAUAAAUUCAAUGUGCCGUUCUCAUGAAGCUGCACAUUUUGAGUGGUGUAGGUUCAAGGUCAAGGUCAUCCUUCAAGGUUAAAGGUAAAAACAAAAUUCAAAGCGGCGCAAUAGGGGGCAUUGUGUUUCUGACGAACACAUCUCUUGUUUAAUAUUCAGUUGAUACUUGAAAAAUUUUAAUUGAAUAGAUCAUUUAAACAUAUUAAUACUUUCUUUAAACAAAAAAAAUUAUUAUAUCGAUGAAAUGCAAAUACACUAUAGAAAUGUCAUUUGUUCACAAUAAUUGCUAGUUUCAUAUAAUUCAUAAUUGAACCAUGAUUUAAGAUGUAUUUGAAUAUUUUAUACCAAUGCUUUAAGUCUGUGGUCAGUUUUUGCAAAGUUUUUAAGGGAAAUCUAUAGUUAACUUGAUUUAAAAAUUAGUGAACAUUUAUGAAAAAUAGUUCCAUAGAUUGUCCAAUUAUUUGUUUGCAGAAUGUUAUGAGUAUAAAAGUUCUUCAUCAAUUUAUACCAUUUUAAAUCAUGUUGAUAUAAAAGAACAACAUACUAUCCAACAUAGACUCUUGACAUUUUAUAAAGUUGUUUUUAAAUGCGGGCACUAGAACUAAAAUAAGCACUUAAAUAAGCGAUUAGAUAAUGCCUGAUCCCCAUGAGCAAUUUUUUGUUAGCUUUUGUAUGUAUAUAUUUUUUAUGAGUACAAGACAUAUGUUUAAGAAGCUGAACUGUUCAAGUUUUUUAUUAUGAUUUGUAUGUUUUUAUGCGCCCAGUAGGGUGGCAUAUAGCAGUUGAACUGUCUGUCUGUCCGUCCGUCCGUCCAAAAACGUUAACAUUGGCCAUAACUUAUGCAAUACUAAAGAUAGCAACUUGAUAUUUGGCAUGCAUGUGUAUCUCAUGAAGCUGCACAUUUGGAGUGGUGAAAGGUCAAGGUCAUCCUUCAAGGACAAAAGUCAAAAAAUACAAUCCAAGGGAAGUAAUAAGCUUUAAAAGGAAGAUAAUUUCUUAGCGUGCCAAAUGAUAUAUUGAAAUUUUACUUCGAAGCGGUGCAAUAGGGGGCAUUGUGUUUCUGAGAAACACAUCUCUUGUUUAGUUUUAACCUUGAUAAAGACAUUGCUAAGCUUGAGCUUAAGUUGUCUUAUAUUGAUGAGCACCAGAGUACUGUUGUAUAUAUAAGUAUGUAUACAAUUAUCCCUUUUCCCAAACCAUACCUCCCUCUACGACAAACCAAUAUUUAUCCCUUUCACACUUGGAUAUGUAUUUUGACGUGUUUGAAGUCUCUUAAAAAGUUACAUAUAAUUAAAGACCUUUCUUACUAGACUCAAGUUUAAAAGGCUAAAUUUCCAACUCUUAUAUACUGAUAAGCAGCGAACAGCAUAAAACCUAAACAGACUGAGAGUCACUCACAGGCUAUUCUGGUUUUAUGCUGUUUGCACAUAGCAAUUUUCACUUUGCGUCUGAGUGGGAAAGGGUUAAAAAUAAAAAUUAACUGAAUAGCAAACAUCUUUGUGUAUUUUAAAUGUUUUAAGGCAGCUUCUUUUUUUUAAACGGUUACAUUAAAGUAACUUGUAUUAGAUUUUCUGUAUGAUUCACAGACAUCUAUGUUACUGAUAUGUUUAAUAAAUACUGUUUAAAUAUGAUGUCAUUAAGUGAAACAGUAUCUCUCUCUGUGUUUUACCAGGUAUGUGUAUAAGUAUACACAUACCUGAUUUUACGGAAUAUUGAACUUAAAUAUUAGGAGAUGAUAUAUAUAAAUACAAAUUUGUGGAUGUCAUACCAGAAACAAUUAUUGGUAUAAACGUUUCUGCUCGUCAAUUGCAAAUUUAAUCGGUAAGUGCUCACCGCUAACCAAUAGAUCUUAUAAUAAAUGGGGAGCAUUUCAUUAGCAAAAUUUCCAAGCCAACUUAUUGUUUAUCUACUCAAAUGAUUUCUACAUGUGCGUGAUGGAACAAACAUUCAUUGACAUAACAUACAUGCAUUUAUUUUCUAGUUCUAUGUUACACAGGUCUUUUUGUGCUUAAGUCUAUUCUGGUAUAUUUAUAAGAGUGCGAUAUUUUAUUAUUGAAUCAUGUAAUAAAUAUGUUAAAGCUG